AUGGCGAGAACACGCACUAAUGGACAGGACGGACGACCACCAUUGCCACCUACUGAAGCCACCAGAGGCCGUGGACGCGGUAGUGGUCGAGGUAGAGCCACAGGGGCAGCAUCUGUAGAUCCACCAGUUGCCCGGGAUCAGGAUCAGGCUCCAGCUGCAGAGACUCCAGCAGCACCUACUCAGGCACCAGCUGCAGUUUUAGCCACCACUGCAACAGCUACUUCACAGGCAGGGGGAGGUAAUCAGACCCCCGCUGCUCGCACACCUAAGCCGAUAGUGCAGGGAUUACAGACGCCAGAGGCACCACCAGUACAGCAGGUUGCCCCAGUUCAGCCGGUUACACCGGUUAAGGAUAAUAUGGUCCCAGUUAUGCCAGACUAUGAGCAGCGUCGUCUUGAGAGAUUCAACAGACUUGUACCUCCUACUUUCAGUG